AUGGGGAGCACUGGCAAGAUGUUCCAGUUCUUCAACAGGAGACAAAGUCUCUUCCCUAACUACAAAGUCACAGGUUGUGACGUUAAUCGGAGAUCUUCAGAGAUUGUUUAUCCGUCAGCAAAGGAGAGCUGUGUGAGGACAUGGAACUCCAUGCAAGAGCUGAGCAAAGACAUCUACGAUAUCUACGCUGAAUAUGAAGACGAAGAUGAUGAUGCCCAGCAGGGCCCCUCCAAGCAAAUUUCCCUAUCCAAGAAUUAUAUGAUCAACAUCAAUGUAGGUGGGAUGCCCUUCCAAAUUGCCUACAAGAUGGCAGCGAGGUACCCCAAGACCAGAAUUGGCCGACUGGCCACUUACACCGACCACAACAUGAAAGUGGACCUGUGCGAUGACUACAAUGUGACCAACAACGAGUUCUUCUUUGACAGAGACCCCGAAAUCUUUCACAGCAUCUUCAAUUUCUACCGGACCGGUGUGCUGUGGAUCAAGGACGAGCUGUGCCCCCGCAACUUCCUGGAGGAGAUCAACUACUGGGGGGUCAGGAUCAAGAACACCCACCGCUGCUGCCGCAUCUCCUUUGAGGAAAGACAGGACGAGCUGAACGAGCAGCUGAAGAUCCAGAGAGAGCUGGAAGCCGAGGUGGAGAUCGAGGAGAACGAAUCGCUCUUUCAAGAUAUGUUCAUGGGCCAAAUGCGCCGAACCAUUUGGAACUUGAUGGAGAAGCCGUUUUCUUCCAUCAUGGCCAAGUUGAUGGCGGUGACUUCCAGUCUCUUUGUCCUGAUCUCACUGGUGGCCAUGACGCUGAACACAGUCGAGGAGAUGCAGUACAGAGCUCAUAUGGGGCAGCUCAGUGGAAAGACUUACUGGGAGUACGUGGAAUCCACGUGCAUCGCCUUCUUCACCAUGGAGUACCUGCUGCGUCUGAUAUCCACCCCAGACCUCAAAGCCUUCGGCAGGAGCGUGCUCAACACGGUGGACCUGAUAGCCAUCCUGCCUCUGUAUCUCCAGGCCAUUCUGGAAUUCUUUGACAACAAAGAAAAUUACACGAAGCACGAGGCUGACAUGCAGGCCGUGGGCCAGGUGGGAAAGCUCGGACAGGUCUUGCGCAUCAUGAGGCUGAUGCGGAUCUUUCGUAUUUUGAAGCUGGCCCGACACUCCACCGGCCUGCGGGCGUUCGGCUUCACUCUGCGCCAGUGCUACCAGCAAGUCGGCUGCCUGUUUCUUUUCAUCACCAUGGGGAUCUUCAGCUUCUCUGCUAUGGUUUACACUGUGGAGCAUGACAUGCCCCAAACAAACUUCACCAGCAUUCCUCAUGCGUGGUGGUGGGCAUCUGUCAGCAUCUCCACCGUGGGCUACGGCGAUGUUUACCCGGAGACCAUCCUGGGUCGCCUCUUUGCUUUCAUCUGCAUCGCUUUCGGAAUCAUCCUCAACGGUUUACCCAUAUCCAUCCUCUUCAACAAGUUCUCAGACUACUACUCCAAACUCAAGUCCAAUGAGUACACAGCCUCCCUCAAGAAUAGAGGAAAAGUUAGAUUUGCCAAGAGGACCGUGCAGAAGCUAAACGACUGCUUUGGAAACAACCACUUCCAUGCGAACUGAAGUAAUUGUACUCUAUAACAUAUUUGUGGAGUGUCAUAUUCUCUACUUUUCUGCCUUAACAAACCCGACUAGAGGCCUGAUGCAGAUAACGGCUUGAUUGAAACCUCUUAGCAGCAUAAUAGAUCAAAGUUGGCUGAAGAUCAAAUACCUGACCAGUCUCAUCAACAUUUGCUUUUGAAAGCAGAAACGUUUUUAAAUAAAUCACCAUAAAACAGAAAAUUAACA